AUAGGAAUUGUCUCGAACGUGGCUGCUGCCAUUACGGAUGGCAGCGCUUUGCCAGGGUUAAGACGGAGGUCAUUUCUGCGUUUACAGUCAUUAACGCCCAGCACCCCCUCCAGGCGAUCUUUGCGUAGCCUCUUCAGUUUCUUGACCUCAUUUCCGAAUUUCCCUUGUGGAGAAGAAGACAAAACACCCAAGCUCUUUAAUCAAGCAACAAGAACAAGAUGGCCCAGUCUGUGUCUGGAUACUCGGUCGGCAUUGACCUUGGCACGACCUACUCGUGCGUCGGCGUGUGGCAGAACGACCGCGUGGAGAUCAUCGCCAACGACCAGGGUAACCGUACCACCCCGUCGUACGUCGCCUUCACGGACACCGAGCGUCUGAUCGGUGAUGCCGCCAAGAACCAGGUCGCCAUGAACGCGCACAACACGGUGUUCGACGCCAAGCGUCUGAUCGGCCGCAAGUUCUCGGACCCGAUCGUGCAGGCCGACAUCAAGCACUGGCCGUUCAAGAUCACGUCCGGCCCCGGCGACAAGCCGCAGAUCACGGUGCAGUUCAAGGGUGAGAGCAAGACGUUCCAGCCCGAAGAGAUCUCGUCUAUGGUGCUGAUCAAGAUGCGCGAGGUGGCCGAGGCCUUCAUCGGCAAGGAGGUCAAGAACGCCGUCAUCACGGUGCCGGCCUACUUCAACGACUCACAGCGCCAGGCCACCAAGGACGCCGGUGCCAUCGCCGGUCUCAACGUGCUGCGUAUUAUUAACGAGCCGACGGCCGCCGCCAUCGCGUACGGUCUGGACAAGAAGGGUGGCGAGCGCAACGUGUUGAUCUUCGACCUGGGCGGCGGCACCUUCGACGUGUCGUUGCUGAGCAUUGAGGAAGGCAUCUUCGAGGUGAAAGCCACAGCGGGUGACACGCACCUGGGUGGUGAGGACUUCGACAACCGCCUCGUCGACCACUUCACGCAGGAGUUCAAGCGCAAGCACCGCAAGGACAUCACUGAGAACCAGCGUGCUCUGCGUCGUCUGAGAACGGCCUGCGAGCGCGCUAAGCGUACGCUGUCUUCGUCGGCUCAGGCUUAUAUUGAGAUUGACUCGCUGUUCGAUGGUAUUGACUUCAACUCGACCAUCACGCGUGCUCGUUUCGAAGACAUGUGCGGUGACUACUUCCGCAAGACCAUGGAGCCUGUCGAGAAGGUUCUGCGUGACGCCAAGCUGUCGAAGAGCCAGGUGCACGAGGUUGUGCUGGUUGGUGGCUCUACCCGUAUCCCCAAGGUUCAGCAGCUGCUGUCGGACUUCUUCAACGGCAAGGAGCCCAACAAGUCCAUCAACCCUGAUGAGGCUGUUGCCUACGGUGCCACCGUCCAGGCUGCCAUUCUGAGCGGUAACGACUCGUCGGAGAAGCUGCAGGACCUGCUGCUUCUGGAUGUGACGCCGCUGUCUCUGGGUCUGGAGACUGCCGGUGGUGUCAUGACCACUCUGAUUGCGCGUAACACGACGGUGCCGACCAAGAAGUCGCAGACUUUCUCGACGUACGCCGACAACCAGCCUGGUGUGCUCAUUCAGGUGUUCGAGGGUGAGCGUUCGAUGACGCGCGACAACAACCUGCUGGGCAAGUUCAACCUGGACGGCAUUCCGCCCAUGCCCCGUGGUGUUCCCCAGAUCGAUGUGACGUUCGACAUCGACGCUAACGGCAUCCUGAACGUGUCGGCCGUGGAGAAGUCGACGGGCAAGGAGAACAAGAUCACGAUCACGAACGACAAGGGUCGUCUGUCCCAGGCUGACAUUGACCGUAUGGUUGCUGAGGCCGAGAAGUACAAGUCGGAGGAUGAGGCCAACAAGGUCCGCAUCGAGGCGAAGAACGCGCUGGAGAACUACGCUUACAACCUGCGUAACACUCUGAACGACGAGAAACUCAAGGACCAGAUCUCGGAGGAUGACAAGAAGGCCAUCGAUGACAAGGUGACCGAGACCAUCAACUGGCUCGACGCCAACCAGUCGGCUGAGAAGGAGGAGUACGAGGGCAAGCAGAAGGAGCUUGAGGGCGUUGCCAACCCGAUCCUGCAGAAGAUGUACGCUGCUGCUGGCGGUGCCCCUGGCGCUGAGGGUGGCAUGCCCGGUGGUAUGCCCGGCGGCAUGCCUGGUGCUGGCGCCCCGCCUGCUGGCGCUCCCGACCAGGGCCCCAAGAUUGAGGAGGUCGACUAAGCAGUCGGAGACGGAGUCAAAUGUCUCGCGCCGCGGUAGCGUCAGCGUGGAUUGCACGCGCUACGGGCGUACAGUGCUUUGACCGCGAUCUCUGUAUUUGCUUUCUAGUCGGUUGGUCUAAGUAGUUGGUAGCUUUUGUAGAGAAGCAAGCAGCUGGAGUUGAAUGGCUCCUUCAAAGAUGCACAAGCUGCACGAAAUAAAGUCAACAGGAGAGCCCCUCAUUUCUUAACUUA